AAUAAAAUUGUUUGUUUCUUGUUGUAAACAUAUGUUUGGCAGAAAGGGGAUUUUUAAAAUGCGUUCAUUCGUUUCAAUUUGCUUAGCUAAAGAUGAUCUCACGACGCGACAAAUUGCUGCAACAACCUUGGGAGGAUAUGCGUUAUGCCCACCAUCGGCAGAAGGUAAUGUCUGCCCGUCCGGCCAUCGAUAUGAAUACACCACGUCAUCAUGAGCACGUCCAACGCAAGUGGAAGAAGCAGCAAAACGAAAGGGAACGUCAACAGCAAAUUGAAAGGGAAAACUUGCGUUUACUCCAGAAAUUGGGUGACAUUAUGAGGACCAAACGUAUCAAUAAUCUUUGGCUAGAACCGCGUCCCAAUUUUCUAAACCGCGAGAAGCUUUUUCCAUGUCGUCCUUACUCAAGUCUGCCGCAAGUUGUCACCAUUUAUGGCAAUCAACCGCCAGGACCAUUGAUCUAUGGCAUGUUGCCCAAACCGACUGUUGUUGGCCGUUGUCCCACCUGCAAUGGCAAUCCGGAACGCACUGAAGUGGCCAUACCCGAACAACGUAUUCCCUGGGCACCAGCACGCAAAUCCUCGAACCGUAAGACUCAAUCAUCGCAGAUCCAACAACGUUGCUAUCAUUGUGGGAAUGUGAAGACCAAUGAACGUAAAUAUUUCGACCACGACCAUGAUGAUUAUUCGUUUUCAUAUGAUGAAUGA